CUGUCAUUGGGAUUUUCAAUCAUAAGAUGAAAGUGAUCUUGUGUUUUAAACUUUUAAAUGAAUUAAGUGUCCUUUUCGAACUAUGACAUAAAUAAUUAGUUAAAAUUGCAUUUAAUUUAUUGUUAAAAUAAUGAAUUUACGUGAAUCUACAUUUCUUAAUUAGUAUUAAAGAGUUGUAUAUUUAAUGUAAUAUGUAUUUACGGAAUUCUCCAAAUAUUUGUAUAGCUGUAUUCUUAAUUACAUUCUUUUCCUGUGCAUAUGGAACGAAGCGUGAUAUACACUGCACCAUUUAUCAUGCCUUUGAUAAAAAUGAAAGUAAAGAAAAUGUGGAUGUAUUCCAUGUGUCUGCUACAGGUUCUAAAGAUACAGUUCAUUAUCUAUGGAGCUCUUAUAAACUUCCUAGUGUAAUUAUCGCAAGAACAACGAGUGAUACUUUGCUAAAUGUUAGCCUAUCAAAACUUCGUACAUUUGUAACUGAUGCAAUAAAAUUCAGCGAAACCCCUAUCGAGUACGUUGGGCUUACAAUUUCAGAGCUGUUAGAAUUCACAUAUAAUAGUGAUACAGCAGAAGUGAAUCAUCCAAAUUCUACCAGAAAGUUAAAUUUAGAAUCAUUUUUGUGGUCAAGUAUGAAUGAUUCAUAUAGUUGUUCUCCUAAGGCAGCCAGCACAAAAUUGAAUUCUUAUGACAACGAUGAUGAUUUCAGCAAAAAUGGGACAUUUCAAGUUCAGUUUUCAGUUAUUGGAGACCAGGUGAUGGCUGAUGAUUUUCCUCAUUUGAUGUUUACUGGAAAUUCCACACAAAUUAAAGUGAUUUUGGAUCACCUUCAUUCUAAUUCUUCAAAAACACGAUAUAGCCUAGAAUUUAUUGUGCUCUCUCCACAGUCUGGAGACUGUUCUUCUAAUCAGUGGCGGAGUCACGUUAAGAAGGCUAUAAGUGAUGAACAUUCUCCUGGAAUUUUUUCAGACAUUACACUUUCUCCUGUGUGUACCAAGAAAAAUGAUCAUUCUUUCAUCUCUUGGCGUCCUGUUUCUUAUACUGACAAAACAUCCUCAAUAGAAGCUUCUUCAGAUGUUAAAAUAACUUCAGAUAUUAAACCACAUGCCAUCACUUCUGUUCGAAGCAUCGCUGAAUUAUAUUUUGGGGGAAAGCCCAAUAUGUCAAUUAAUGCUUUCAAUAUAACAUUUGGAACAGUUGGAGAUGGGUUUUAUCGAAAAACAGAAUACACAGCAUGGUCUUUAAUGGUUGGAACGGGUACUACAGUAAGCAUUGGAUUAUCAUCAAUUGCAAUAUUAUAUGCCAGUAUUGGCCUCAGUGCUUUAGUUCUAUUUUUUGCAAGUGGUGGGAUUUUUCUGGCCAUUCAGAGGUGUUGGCGAAAGGAUGAUGAUUUGCUUUUAAGUAAUAACAGCGUAAAUUAAAAAUAUUAAUGUAUUUUAUUAAUGUUUAUUUUUAAAUAAUGUUGUUUAAAAUUAUUUUUUAAUAUUCUUAAAUUAUAUUUAUUUACAUAAAAAUAUUACUGUGAUUAAUUCAUAUGUUGUAAAUGUUCAUAUAUUUUUAAUAGUUAGUUUUCUCUAAGUGUUAUGUUUUAUAUUAUUUUACUGUAAUAUUAUGUAAAUUAUUGACAAUACACAUCUCAGAUGUACAUAUUUCAUUGAUGUAAUUCCUUUCCUUAAAAUAUUUAAAAUUAGUCCACAAGAAAAUAAAAGAUUUAAAUUUGCACUGCAAAUUUCAUUGCAUUUGUUGGUUAAUGAACCUAAAUCGCCACUUAGGAAAUCUUUUAAAAUUGCUCGCAGUGAAGCAAAACAAGUAUCGUAAUUUAAGAUGUAAUACUUUUUGUUCUUAAAUUUGUUUUUCCUCAUCCUUAGUUUAUUAUAGAAAUCUAUGGAAAAUUAUUUCUUGUGAUCGGCAGGGUGUUUUCCUGCUUUAGAUGCUUCCAAAAGAUGUAUCAUAAUAGUUGUAUAGAAGUAAAGGAAUUUUUUGUUUGGUAUAUUUCAUCAAGUAUUAAUUCAUCAUUCAUGAUUAGAUCGGUGAGUUUAGGUCAGUGAAUACUGUUCACUGACAGAAAGAAAAUGAGUGUGUCAAAACUUAAUGCUCAAUUUACUCUUCAUGUAACUUAAUUCCUAUUCUUUAAGUGUUAUGGUUCUUAUAAGAAUAUAUAAAUUUGUAAUAUUUAAUGCCAUUUGUAUUUUUAAUUACUUUUGUCAAAGUCUAUUGUUGUAAAAAUAAUAUUUUCAUACAUAAUUUAUAAAAAUGUAAAUAAAAAUUUUCUUUUGCUUGCAGUUAUUAUUUG